AGGGCCACCGAACCCCGGUGCUGCGGGGUGCACCUUCUACGGGCACUCCUUCCGCCCAUGUUCGAGGUUCGGGACCGGAUUCGGCUGUGUUGAUGAGUGGUGGGGCUGCGGGUCGAGAAGAGGAGGCUACUGGUCGGCAGGGGAAAUCUGCGAUGGACGUUGUGCCGAGGCGUAAAAGGUCUGGUGACACGUCCGCUGCAGGUGUGGGAGACGAGGUGUCUGUCGUCGACCACAAAGACAAGUGCUGGAUGUUGGACUGGGUGGGUGGAAUCGGGGAACGCUCGGGUGGGCUGGUUUUGUACGUGGUGAUAAAAGAUAACAUUGUUCCGAUUGGCGGUGUGGUUAAGUGGAGUGGAGAAAAAUCACCGUCGGCCAUGUUGGAGUUGACGAUGGUCCUUAACGCUAGAGGUGAGAGGAUGGCGGGUGUCAAACGUGUUGCUCUUCGUUGGGCCAAACACGCUGGGUACGGCAAGAGGCUUUAUGACAUUUUCAAUCCGCCUGGGACGGAGAAAUUGACGUUGCCAUACCUUCGAUCGGUUUUCGCAUUCUUCGACAGACAUGUGGUCGCAGGGCAUGAGCCGGUGGUGCAUGCUUCCGACCGCAUAUCUGAACCGAAAAGCGUGCUUUUGUCGUCUUUGGAGGCGGCUCCGUUGUCGAAACCGAUCAUUAUAGGUGCCCGCCCUCCGCCAUCAAUUCGGACUACGGUUGCAGCAACACGAGUUCCGAAAUCUGGGCAAAUCGGGGAGAAAGGUCCGUGUCGUGGCCAAAUCGUGCCGUCAGCCCCUGUGAAGCAUAGACCAACAUCAACCAAGGAACCCGUUUCCUUGGUCCGCCCGCCGUGCUAUGAGUUGGCCAUUCCUGCUGGGUCGCAUUAUUUUGGAGAUUACGACGAGAAAAACAGCGAAGAAGAAUGGGAGCGCGAUGGAGAACGUGAAGAAUGUGGGGAGGGUGGCGAAGAAGAGGAAGUAGAGAGUGAACACACAAUCAGCGAGAGGGGUGGGCCGGGCGAGUUGGAGGGUCGUCUAGGGGUUGAGUAUGAGGACGAAGGGCAAGAAGAGGAAACGACCGGCGAGGGAGGGUAUGCAGAUGUGCAUCGGGGUUCCAAACGAAUGCAGCUGCUCGCGCCGGGUCAUGGGCAUUGGGAAACGGAUCCAGGGCGCGGGGAAAUGCACCGCGAAGUUGGGGUCGAGCCGGCGCAUGCCGAUGCAGUACGACUAGCUGAGAAGAAAAGGAAAAUGAGGCAAGAGAGGAGAAGUGCUAUGGAUAGUAAGAAAACCAAGCAGGAGGGGGGAGCCAAGCAAGAGGAGGGCAAACGCAAGUUGAAAAUGCUGGCAGUUGAGGAGGCCGUCCAACGUACGCGGGAGGCUGAGGAAGCCAUGAAGAAAAAACGGCAGCCAAGGAAAAAAGCAGCGAAGGGAGGUGUGAUGGAAAAAACUUCCUUUUUUCCAUCGGACCAGCCACAGUCAGAUGAAGACGUUGUGGGCAAGACAGUCACCAGACCGCCCGGUUUGCAGAUUCUGCCGCAUGGGAAUUCUUCUGGUCAUCUGAGCAAAGACUUCUUCCUUGAGUUCGACGAGAAUGGUAACCAGAGACCGAAAAUGCAGUUCAUUUCUGUCAAGUUGGACAGGAUUCUGGAUAUCCCUGAUGAGAAAUUCAGAUAUAAUCAACGCUUCCUCGAUCAGGAGCUUAUUGAUGACCUUUAUAAAACAAUGGUUGAGUCGGGUGAGGCAGCAAUCAGAGAGAGAACGACCGGGGCAGCCGGGGUGAAUGUAUGUGCAUUGUACGAGAAGCCUGUCCUUCUGUUGAUUGGGCUACAUGAUACAAUGCAUAUUGACGCUUCCGGUACGAAUGUGAGGGCGAGAAGAGUGACGCCCCGCGAAUUCGAUCUCCAAAUCAUGCGCAAGUACUACCGGUACCCUCUCAAUGGUCAACACAAUGUUGCGGCGGGGAGGAAAUGUUCUCAAGAAUGCCCUGACAUCGCCCAUGAGCUCCGUUUGGAUUGUUGGACUGCAAGGCCUGUUUACUAUCCAGAUAGGAGCAUGGAAAAUUACUGCACCUUGAGCACUUUCCAAAAUGCGAAGGACAAAUGGAAUACUCCUCCGCACCAGAUUACUAUCAUUAAGAACAUACGAGAGUUGUUGCAAGCAGCCGGUCGUCCUGAAGCUAUAGGCGGAACUGCUGCAAACGUCAAAAAUAAGGAUUACAGAGAGUUUGCGGCGAUGGCUCUGCGCGCGACCGGGAGUGAUCAUUUGGUUACUCUUUCACUUCAGGCUUGGAGGAGGGAGUGGUCUGACUUCCUCGGGCCUUACAUGAUAUUGGCAAGGGCGACAGACGAUGUGUUCGACAAGGUGCAACAAGUGUAUUCUGCUUGGGAGAGUGGACAGUUGUCGGGGAAAGAUGGUGUGAAGCCUGCCACCAAACAAUGUGAAUCGGGGAAAGCGCCGAGACUUGGCCCCAGAUUCGAGUUAGAAAAAGGAGUCAGGGUUCAGUGCACUGGAUUCAGAGUACUAGAGGACCUGGUUACCUCGUGGCUGUGCGCGAUCCGGAUGUCAGAUCAUGGAAGACUAUGUCCAUCAUCUGCCGAGCCGGUGGCUGACAUAUCGGCACUUGUGCGGAGAGAGAGAAAGCCGAAGAUGUUGAUUGAUGUCGUGGAGAAGAACUUUCUACCAUCAAAGUGGAAAAUGGCAGGUAUGGAUCCACCGGAGAAAGUGGUCUAUGAUGGUAUGGAAAAGGAGCCGAAUGCGAUGGUGGAGACAUUGGAGCAUUUUUGUCCUGCGGAUGAGGCUGUCGUUUUCCUCGAGAAAGGUCAUGCGGGAUUGGUUUGGGAGCUGUUAAAGAGUCACCGUCAUUGCAUUGUUCUGGAAGGGGAGGGUAUGAAGUUCGCGUUCCUCAUUCAGUUCAUUGACAAGAUGGUCAAAACUCGAGAUUACUACGCCAACUUUACUAAGCCGCCUCCUCCACAUGAUGAAGGGCGUGAUCUCGUCUACAAGGUUGGUCAAAACGUGGUCAAUAUUUGGGAGUUUCUCUUCGAAACAAAGCCGCAAUGCAGAGGGAAACGUACUUAUGUCCUCAGAAGAAAAAAAGUGGAGAAGCUCUUGAGGGGUUAUCAUAAAGCACCAUCGGAGAAGGAGGUUUCAUUUCUCGACCGCUUGGAGACCAUGUACUUCGACCAACAAAUCGGGGCGUUUACAAUCGCAGGUUAUGUGACUUGUUUUGUGGAUCGUGAGGACUUUGAUGUCGACGACUCAAAAGAAGAGAGUGUUGAUGGCACUUUGCAAGCGGCUUUGGCAGCUGAAAGGCAAAGAGCUUGUAGCCCGGGUUCGCAGAGAAUGGGUGUUCCAGGCACAUCGUGCGGUUCUAAAGGAGCUUCGAGCAUGGCGGUUUCAAUAGGUCAGUUAAUGACUUAGCCCCCGACUUCUUCUAUUGUUACGCCGACUCAGAUGGCGGGCAAUACGAUGACGGUGGCAUCCGGAGGUAGUCUGGAUCCGAGUGUUCUAGCAAUGCUCUCCCCAGAG